GAUUGGGAAGGAGGGGAGGAGAUUGGGGAGGAGAGAGGAAGUGUUUGAUUAGGGCUGGGAAGGGUGUUUCAGAGUAGUGCGGAAGAAAUACAAGCUCCCUAAUCUCGUAGUCCGCAUCGGUCGGUAGUCGGAGCCGCACCCAGCUCAAACUCCCUGGAUACACAUCCAGCGAAAGUCCCCGGCCCGGCGCCGGCUCUCGGUGAUCGAGAGUGCGGCCUCCGCCCAGCGCUGCCGCCUUGGGUCUCGGCGCUCAGACGAUGGAGUGGGCCCCGACCGCGGUUCUCCUCCUCAGCUUGGUGUCUCUGUGCAAGUCUUCAAGCAAUGAAACACUUCAUGGAUUGGUGGGCUCUGGUAUAUCUAUUCCUUUCACAAAACCUCUGAAUACAAUUGAAAUUUUAUGCACAUUCAAAGGCAACAAAAUGCUUGAAUGGGAAAAAGGCAAAGAAGAAACUUAUUUUGGAAACUUUAGAGGAAGAACUAAGCUAACAGAAGGGAGCAUAAUGAUCCAGAAUUUACAGCUAUUCGAUUCAGGGGCUUAUGAACUUUCUUUCAUAUCUGAAGAUGGUUUCAACCAUCUAAAAAAUUUCAAUCUACUUGUGCUUGAACCGCUUUCAAAGCCAACAAUUAACUGCACAACAAAUGACACGAUUAUUCAUCUGAACUGCUAUUUUGAAGACGACAGUUCUUUUGCUACAAUUGAAUGGAAGCAUCAAAACAGCUCGGUGAAGCAAGCUGAUGAUUUUAAUUUACGUCUUGAAAGAAAUCGCUUAACAAUAUUGAAUCCUGAAGAAUCUUCUAGUGAAUAUACCUGCCUUGUGAAACAUCCAGGAAACCAGGUUCAGAGUGACCCUUUUAAUAUAAACGAUUGCUUUACAAAAGGAGAGGGUCGAGGGCGUGUUGCUCUGGCUGUAGCUGUGAUAUGUGUGUUAAUCGUCAUCAUUGCUGCUAUCAUCUUUGUAUAUUGGCAAUGGCAAGAAAAUGACAAUGUGCAGAAUAAAAAGGAAGCACCAUGCAAAGCAAAUUCAAAGAAUGAACCACCACAAGGAGACAGAGAAGAAACAAUACAACUAUCAGAAGCUAGAGAAGAAAUAGCCUAAUCCAUCAGGUGAGUGUGUUACAAUCCUUAGUUGGAUUCAUA